GCAGGUCACCCGGUGUUCGCUCCCCCAGCGUCGCUCGACUCUCGGGGUCCCACGAUGGCGGCGGCGUCCUCCGCUCAGACACAGGUGUCUGUGACCUUUGAGGAUGUGGCCGUGACUUUUACCCAGGAGGAGUGGGGGCAGUUGGAGCCCAUCCAGAGGACCCUGUACCAGGAGGUGACGCUGGAGACCUGCAGGCUCCUGGUCUCUCUGGGCUGUCCUUUGCCCAAACCAGAACUGAUCUACCCGUUGGAGCACAGCCCCGAGUUACGGACAUUGAAGAGAGGCCUCUCCGCAAGCUCCUGCCCAGGUGACAGCACAGAACCUGAGACCACAGAGACUAUUCCUUCUCACCUGGCCUUGUUUGAGGAAGUCUCACCCCAGGAAUGCCUGACUCAGCAAGCCCCAGGGGACUCCCAGGUGGGGCAACGCAAGGAUCAGGAUGGGCCAUCGGAAAUUCAGGAAAGCCACUCCAGACCAGGGAUAGACCCCCAGGGGGAGAUCCUCCCUGGGAAAAGGACAGAUGAUGGUCUACACUCAAGGAUUGUACAGGAGCGAGUCUCUCUAGGAGAUAUUCUCUACGAACGUGACUCACGUGGACCAGUGAAAGAUCGUUUGAUUCGUGAAAGGAAACAUCCCUAUAAGUGCGAGGAAUGUGGGAAAGUGUUUAACAAGAACUGCUUCCUUGUUCGACAUGAGCAGAUUCAUACUGGAGUGAAGCCCUAUGAGUGCUCGGAGUGUGGGAAAACUUUUAGCAAGAGCACACACCUUCUCCAGCACCAAAUGAUCCACACUGGGGAGAGGCCCUAUGAGUGCAUGGAGUGUGGGAAGGCCUUCAACCGCAGGUCACACCUCACGAGGCACCAGCGGAUUCACACUGGAGAGAAGCCUUAUAAGUGCAGCGAAUGUGGAAAGGCCUUCACUCAUCGCUCCAAUUUAGUGUUGCAUAACAGAAGCCAUACUGGUGAAAAACCCUUUGUGUGCAAAGAAUGUGGGAAAGCCUUUCGAGAUAAGACAGGUUUCCUUCGACACUACAUCAUCCACACAGGGGAGAAGCCCUUUGAGUGCAUGGAGUGUGGGAAGGCCUUCAACCGGAGGUCACACCUCACGUGGCACCAGCAGAUCCAUAGUGGAGUGAGACCCUUUGAAUGCAGUGAAUGUGGGAAGGCCUUUUGCGACAGCACAGACCUCAUUCAACACUACGUCAUCCACACUGGAGAGAAGCCAUAUAAGUGCCUUGAAUGUGGGAAGGCCUUCUACCGCAGGUCACACCUCAAGCAGCACCAGCGGAGUCACACUGGGGAGAAACCCUAUGAGUGCACUGAAUGUGGAAAGGCCUUCACCCACUGCUCCACUUUUAUCUUGCAUAAAAGGGUCCACACUGGGGAAAAACCCUAUGAGUGCAAAGAAUGUGGGAAAGCCUUUAGCAAUCGGUCAGACCUCAUUCGACACUUCAGCAUCCACACUGAAGAGAAGCCCUAUGAGUGCAUGGAGUGUGGGAAGGCCUUCAACCGCAGGUCAUACCUCACAAGACACCAGCGGAUUCACAGUGGAGAGAAGCCCUAUGAAUGCAUCGAGUGUGGCAAGGCCUUUUGCCAGAGGGCAAACCUCAUUCGACACGCCAUUAUCCACACUGGAGAGAAGCCUUAUGUGUGCACCGAAUGUGGAAAGGCCUUCACCUACUGCUACACUUUUAUCUUGCAUAAAAGGGCCCACAUUGGAGAAAAACCUUUUGAGUGCAAAGAAUGUGGGAAAGGCUUUAGCACUAGGAAAGACCUCAUUCGACACAUCAGCAUCCAUGCUGGAGAGAAGCCCUUUGAGUGCAUAGAGUGUGGGAAGGCUUUCAACCGCAGGUCAGGCCUCACAAGGCACCAGCGGAUUCAUAGUGGAGAGAAGCCUUAUGAAUGCAUGGAAUGCGGGAAGACCUUCUGCUGGAGCACAAGCCUCAUUCGACACUCUGUCAUCCACACUGGAGAGAAGCCCUAUGAGUGCAGUGAGUGUGGAAAGGCCUUCAGUCGCAGCUCAUCCCUCACGCAGCAUCAGAGGGUUCAUUCUGGGAGAAACCCUGUCAGUGUAACAGAAGUGGGAAGACCCUUCACAAGUGGGCAAUCCUCAGUCAGCCUCUAAGAACUACUGGGGAAAGACUUUUUCAAUGUAACCACUGAGGAAAAUCUUUUGCCGGA